AUGAAAUCGCUGCUCGUGUUCGCACUGCUGUUGGUCGCUGUUACGGCGUACGUGCCACGUGACAAGCGCGUUGUUGGGGGCGAUGUGGCCACACUCAGUCAGUUCCCUUACACUGUCGGUUUGAUCACUCGCAUCAACAUCCUGCUUACUGGCCAGUGUUCUGGAUCGUUGGUCUCGGCCAACUUUAUCCUUACUGCCGGACGCUGUGUCUCCGGAAUCCAGAGUGCCGUCGCUGUGCUGGGCGGCCUGCGCAUCAAUGAUGCGAGCGAAGCCGGAACGCUGCGAGUCACGGUAACGGACUUCAUCAUCCACCCGCAGUACGAAACGGAACCCGACAUCUUCGAUGUGGCGCUUGUCCGAACGCCACUUCCCGUCCCAUUCUCGGAUCGUGUCCGCCCCGUGCGUCUACCAAACUUGCGCCAGGUGGAGGCAACCUUCGUCGGUCAACAAGCCACCGUCACUGGCUGGGGUCGGUUCGGUGAAGGAACUGCCAACUCGGAGGUGCUCCGCUUCGGACGUGCCCAAGUCAUUUCGACACUGGCCUGUCGCAUUAGUCUGCCGACGAACACGAUCGCCGAUCAGCACGUGUGUACCGACGGAGCGGGCAGCUCGCCAUGCCAAGGUGAUGUUGGGGGCCCACUUACUAUCGUCGAUUCCGACGGCACUACCACGCAGAUCGGUGUGUUCUCGUUCAUUUCGAUCCUCGGUUGUGAAUCAGGCCGUGCCGCAGUGCAUACCCGCAUGUCAUCUUACCUCAAUUGGAUCGGCGACAACUCGGACGUCGAGAUCCGUGACAACUUCUAA